AUGACCAAUGCUAGCGGGGAGUCUCCUGGUGGCAUGGGAGCGAACGGGAGAGCGCUCCAACGGUCGUCGUCGGCUACUUCGCUCGAAAACGUGGUAGCUUCUACCAAGAGCACAAAUGGAUUAACUUCCUUUCUCGAGGCGGCCCCCAAAACGAAAAUGUCGCGGGGGUCAGCAACAGUUGGCGCUGGAUCCGACGAAGGAGAAAUCAUCAUUCGUGCCGACGGUAAAAAAGUUCGCAAAAUUCGAAAGUCUGUCACCCGUGUCAAGACGACCGACGACAAUUAUGCGAGUCAAAAAGGGCUGGGUUCCUUCCUCGACCAAGGCUCAGCCAGCAAGGCAUUUGCUCACGGUAGUGCUACAGUGUCGGGCGUACCGACCAUUCGUAAAGCCAAGUCGGCUGAUGAAGGCGAAAUUUAUACAAGGGAAGAUGGCAAGCGCGUGCGUCGAAUUGCCAAAAAACCCAGUGAAGCUAGUAGUAACAAGUCUCUCAGUGGUUUUCUAAAUAUCUUAACGGGUUCUUCAAAAUCAAAACGGAGCGGGUCGAACACCGUUGCCGGUGAUCAAGUGACGAAAAAAGCAGAAAUGGGUGAAAUUAUCAUUCGUGCGGAUGGUACGAAAGUGCGCCGGAUUAAGAAAAUCAAGAAAUCUGACGAGGGCGGACGUAGCAGCAACCCAGAGCUGAAGUCGUUUCUUUCAAAAGACAGCAGUGACACGAAUGGCCUCCAGUCCCUUUCUGGAAGUGCUACGGUCACAGGUGUGUCCACUGCAAAGGUAUCCGAAUUGGCUUUGGCUGGUGACGUCGACACGAACGAAAGGGGAAAGAACGUUCAAAACGUCAAAACGACACCUUCUACAUCGUUAGCGACAAACCGUCUCGACGGGUUUUUACAUCGCGGCUUUCAAAACAAAACAAAUGCUUCUGGCUCUGCAACAGUGGCUGGUGACACGCCCACAAAAUCCUCAACCUUUAUGGAUGGUGAAAUUUACAUCAACAAGGACGGUAAAAAAGUGCGAAGAAUUAAAAGAAUCAAGUCAUCUUCAUCAACGGACGGUGUGGAUAAUCACAAGGUUUUGAGUCUUUCCGGUCUUUUGGAUACUGAUUCAGCGACCAAGCCCAGGCCAUUGGGCCCUGCUACCGUUAGUGGGGAGCGCAACGUUGUGGAUCAGGGAGAGAUUGUCAUCCGCGCUGAUGGUAAAAAAGUUCGUCGUGUCAAACGUACUACAUCGUCCGAGAGCAUUGAAGCAGAUUCCGCAAAAAAGAAUCUGUCCAAGUUUCUUGAAAUAUCUGGUGAUAGAGCGUCUACUCAAAGCGCCCAGUCGGGCUCUGCUACUGUGACUGGCGUUCCUGUCAAUGCAUCUUUUGCUACAUCGGUUGGUGACGUGUACAUAAACGAACACGGCAAAAAAGUUCGCCGGGUUAAAAAGAAGCCAGCUUCGUCCGCAUCUAGCGGACUUAGUGGCUUCCUUGAUGAUAGUGUGGGUGCUUCACGGAAGAAACCAUCUGGCUCAGCGACAGUCGCUGGCGACAAUCCAACGAAGGCCAAAUCAUAUGCCGAAGGCGAAAUUUACAUUAAUAAAGACGGGAAAAAGGUACGGAGAGUAAAAAGGAGUCCAGGAGGUGCAGCAACGGAUGAUAUAUUGACGGUGGUGCAGCAAACAAACAGCUUGUCAGGGUUUUUGAACGAAAACGAAGUCGGUACAUAUUCUAAGCUUCGCGGAUCGGCAACUGUAGCCGGAGAACGCGUUGUAAAAUCCACGAUCGACGGUGACGUAAUUAUCCGCGACGGGAAGAAGAUUCUCAGGCGAAAGAAAAACGGGUAUGUCGCUUCGGCAAAGUCAGAAGAUACAGAUGUUUAUCGCAGAGCCGAUGGCAAACUUGUGCGACGGGUCAAAAAGUCUGGAACUCAUAAGUUGUCUGGCGACUUGGCCGGAUUCUUGGGCAGCGAAGAACAGAAAAUUGCUGAAACACAAGACAGUUCCGCUACUGUUGUCGACUCCGGCAUUAAGCCCGAUUUUUCAAGAUUGCUGCAAUCAAAAAGGAUUGAAAAGGAAGGCUAUGGAUCAGAUACACCUGCUGCAAACGAGGAUGUUAUCUUGUCAAAAUCCUCUGUUUCAAUAGUCAGACCAUCGCUGGAGCAACCUAGCAAUAGAUCAAAAUGUGAGCUGUCGACUACUGUAGAUUUGUCGGAAGCCGAAGAACUGAUCGCAUCUCCGUAUCGAAAGAUGCUUGAGAUUGACUUGCCUGAGUCAGCCGUUGAACGCAAACUCAUUCAGGACGGAGUAGACAACCGAAUCUGUGUUACUGUUUUAGGUCGUGAGCUUUCGACUUCUACGCAAAAAUGCAACUCCGACAGAGAUCUCCCCAAUGGGAGUGCUGCAGAUUUGGGAUUGCAUUCCGCAGAGCACGGAAUCGACGACCGCCUUUUGAAAUUGGAGAAAACUACUAAACCGGACCAAGCGGUUGAAGGUGUUGACAUAAAUGACCUUUCCGAAUUUUGCGGAGAGCAAUCAACAUUUACAGUCAGUCCGGUCGUUUCAGGAAAGCCAUCUCAUCUUUCAGAUUCCACUCUUGGAGUAACGCAUCCGUUUGAAGUAUUGGAAGAGGCAUCUACCACGAAGCCGGUCGCUACAACAUCUGCCGUAGAGUUUUCACUUCCCAAUGAGGAAGAGUUCAUUGCUGCUCGGUUCCGAAAGAUGAUACUAAUGGGCCUCCCAGAAGCCGCUGUUCGCCAAAAGAUGGAAAUGGAAUCUAUCGAUCCAAAGAAAAUUUUACACGUUUUGUAUCAAGGAGAUUCUGCUUCCUCCUCGUCAAUUGAAGCAUGCACGCGCCUACAUACGGAACCCUUACACACAUCUAGCUCUCAGCUACCGAGAUUGACGGAUGAAGAAAGAGAGGUAAUGAUGAAGUACAGGAAAAUGGUGGAAGCUGGGCUACCUGAAGCAGCGGUAUCGCAGAAGCUCUUGAACGACGGAGCAGACCCAAAGCUAAUUGCAUAUCUCGCUGGCGAAGAAAAGCCGGCGUGUGCUACACCAACAAAGGCUACUGAUGCCUGCGUGCACGUGCCAAACGCUGCUGUUUCUACAUUUCCAUUCCUUCCGAGAUUGGCACCCGAGGAGAGGGAGCUAGUACAUAAGUACAAGAAGAUGCUGAGUAUGGGACUACCCGAAGAUGCUGUGAUACACAAGCUAAUGCAAGAUGGAGUAGAUCCGAAAUUAGUUGCAUACCUAAAUGGCGAAGAAAAUCCGGAGCUAACAUCAACGGCAGUGGCCGUCGAUGACGUUCCCAACGGCGAAAUCGAGGCGUCCGAUACCAAAACGAUGGAAAACGCCACAUAUGUUGUUUUGGAGACAAAGCCACAAGGUUUGACAUCUAGUUCAGAAAAGAAUAGCACGCUUGGAGUUUCUCUGACGACAGGUGGUCCUGACGAAAAGUUUACUGUCAAGAUGGACGAUUCAACUCAGAAUCUUAGUUCGGAAGAAGCGGAGAUGAAGCAUAUGACUCUUGAUGAGCUAGCUAUGAUAUCAGGACAGAGUAGGAAUGAACUCGAAGCCGUUAUUGCUCAAAAGCGUACGCAAAACAGCAUUCCGCCGCGUUUUGUUUUGCAGUCUGUUGAUAUGGAGCAACCCGAAAGCGUAUACGAGGUUGCUGUCCCACUUAUUAAAAGACCUGCAGGCGCUGCGAAGACUGGACAAGCUCAAUCUGACAAAGGUGCACCUGUCGGAGAUGGGCAAGAGGUUGUAGACUCUGACCUGGCGAAAGCAGCUCGUGCCGUUUCGGCCCUCGGGGACCUUGAUAUGAAGAGCCUGUUGGAGAAACUUCAGACAGGGGACGUCGGAGAUCUGAUCGCCAAAUUAAAGGAGGCCGAACGGUGGAAAAAGAAGGUCGAAAAGCAACUUGCCCAAGCUGGUGUUGCCAUUGCCGAAGAUAUUGAAUACGGUGAAGCAAAGAAUAAGGUGGAGGAGAUUGCUAAACGAAUGAACGAAAUCGGAGGAAGUGACGUUCAAGUUGCCGAUAAGGAAGAGCAGAACCGUCUUAGAGAGGAGUACUUUAAACUCGAACAAGAUAUGGAACGAUACAACACAGCUUUAAUGGUGUCCGAAGAAUAUCAGGCAGAGCAAGAACGGCUUGAGAGAGAAUGGGAAGAAAGUAACUUGACUGCGAAUCUAGAAGCACUGAAGAAAGUUCGCCGGCAUAUGCCUGUAAUGAUUCGGAACAUGAGUGAAGCGGAGUUGACAAAUACACCGACGCCCAACGGCAAGUUUUUACCAAACGCUAUCGCCAAGAAGUUCAAGCGGACAAACAUUUUGCAAUGCCUACGUCUUAACCCUGAUGAUAUCGAAAGAAUGCAUCCAGCAACAGUGGAAGGUUUUCGAGUUACAGGUCUAACGCUCACGGAGCGUCGAGCGCUGUACCUUCAUUUAAAAACAAUCGGACCGAAAUGGGAGAAGAACAAAGCGGAGAAAAUGACUGAGCGUAAAUGGACUUGGUUCAAGAUGAUGAAGAACAAUUUCAAAGAAAAUCUCGCACCGUAUCAAAGGCACGUUGACCAAUAUGGUCCGCCUGGAAGCCAUCCGUAUGCAACAAGAGAAAAUCCUGAUACAGGCUGUCCUUUGAUUGGCAAGCAGUGUCCAUUGAAGGCUGACAAGGUGAUCGACUAUGAUGGUGACUACGGAUUCACCGAAGAAGACGAGUAUGAGCAUUCGGAUGUGCGCAAGGCGGACACGGAUGAUCCAGGGGCGAAAGCGAUGCAAGAGGCUUUGGAGCUUGCACGAGAAAAGAAAGCAAACGAACGAGCUGAACUUCUCAAAAAGCACUACAAAGGCAAACUUUUACAGGUUUCGAAAGCAAAUGGCAGCUGCGAGGCUAUGGACGAGUCCAUGGACAAAAUGGAGAAUCAUACGAUUCGAUGGAUUGAAUUCAUUUUGGAUAAGGGUGAAAAUAUCAUCGAAGCAGACCAUGCUAAGGAGCUGGCCAAUUUUACUGAGGCUUUGAACGAGCAUAAGUUAGCAUUUCUUGAUUUUGCUCAACGUUCUGGUAUGCAGAUGUCAGGAAAACGGAAGGCCGGUGGGGACAGUCCUGACAUUCGUAGUUUUAUUGAAUGUGGGCUUUCCGAAGAAGUCAUAGAGUGUUCACGUGAGCUCUUCUCGUUCAUCAAGGAUAGAAUGAAGGAGAUUAAGGCAAGAGAUACACGAAUCGAGAAGACGGUUGAGCUGCUAGAAAAUGUACUGACGGAACUUCAUGAGCGUAAUCUUGCCACACUUGAAAGCCUUCAAGUGAAGCGACCUGAACGAUCCAGGAAGCUGAGGAUCAACAGUGAGCUGAAGAAAGAAGCCCAGGAAAAGAUGAAGCCGAAAGAAGAAGAAAUUCCACCGGAUGAACCUGUAUUAUCCGCUGGCCCGUCCUCGAUAACUAGCGGGGGUGGACGUGGUGGUCUUUUGGACGCCCUGUCAGGCAGAGGUCGAGGGGACGGAGGUCGAGGAAAUCUGCUAGGUGCAAUAUCAGGACGAGGUCGUGGGCGUGGAGGCCGGGGGGACCUACUGGGUGCAAUAUCAGGACGAGGGCGUGGGGGUGGAGGCCGCGGGGACCUACUAGGUGCAAUAUCAGGACGAGGGCGUGGGGGUGGAGGCAGAGGAGACCUAUUAGGUGCAAUAUCAGGACGCGGUAGAGGAGGCGGUGGUGGACGAGGUGGUUUACUUGCUGCUAUUCAGAGCAAAACAGAGGGAGGACCGCCAUCAGCUGAUGGUGGGCGAGGGGGGCUACUCAGCGCGAUUCAAGGAAGGGGAGGCGGAGGUGGUCGCGGAGGGCUGUUAGCUGCCAUCGCAGCUCGAGGAGGUGGUGAUGACUGAUGACUAAACAAAACCAUUGAGGUUGUGUUUGAGAGCAUGACCUGAAUUGUUUUGCAAGCUGACAGUGAAUAGCGUUGCAAGUAAGUGCAAUUUUUUUAUUGAUAUAAACAGUAAUAAGGGUUCGAUGAC